AUGAUUAUGCAUGGUGCUACAAACGCCGAGGAAUACGGAAAGCUUGUUCACUGGGAGUCUUACCCAGAUGCCGAAGAGUGGGUGAGAACACGAAGGCAGCUUCUCCCUGGAGAUGGCCUCUUGGUUCUCGAAGUUCAGGACCGUCUCAUGAAAUUUCUUGUUGUUUGCUGUCACCAAAUUCUUCACGAGAUUCCCCCAGGCGUGAUUACCAAAGAGACAGGUCGCGUACCCUCCGAAGGACGCCUUAGUGGGUUGAGCCCUUCAAGAGAGACUCGAAGGAAACGAGAUCUGUGGGAGCUCAACAAACCAUUUUCGAGACUGUUUCUAGACGAGCCUGCGCAGGAACCUAAGAAGUUCAAAUCAGAAGUCAAGUUAAAGACCAAGGUUAAGACCAAGCGCGAACAGACAGAGCCUGCCACUGCGGCGGAGGUGAAACCGCCGGCUGUUGAAGCAAAACCAGAACCUGAAGCCACACAGCACAUAUUUGCUGUUGAUGCGAAGGCGCCCAAGGUGUUGCGUACUCUGUUCUUCGAUCCUGAGAUAGCAUCGACUCCUGGCUUGAUCCCGUGGAACGGCUUCCUAUAUGCCAUGGCAGCGGCUGGCUUCAAGAUUGAGAAGCUGUAUGGCUCGGUCUGGCAAUUUACUCCCACUAAGCUGGACGUUGAGCGCAGUAUCCAUUUCCACGAACCGCAUCCGAUGGGUAAGAUUCCUUUUGAGGCGGCUAGACGACAUGGACGAUGA